UCUCUGCUGCUUUGUUCGAGAAGCUCUGACGAAGAAGAUGGGUGAAGAAGAAGCAGUAGCAGAAGAAAAUGGUGGAGAAUCAGGAGAACAAAACUCAUCCUGGCCUACUAUGAGAUUUGAUGUCUCUCCUUAUAGAACGCACCAUUUCUCUAAGCAGUUCAGGACCGCUCGAAACCCUAAUAAUUUCCUCAAGGGUCUUAAAUGGUCACCUGAUGGUUCAUGUUUCCUUGCAAGCUCUGAGGAUAAUACACUUAGUCUGUUUCAUCUGCCACAAGAUGGAGGGGAUUCCAAUGGCUAUGGAGUGCCAGUCCCUGAAGAAGAUUCGUAUGGUGCGAGUCUUCUUGUGAAUGAGGGUGAAUCUGUCUAUGAUUUCUGUUGGUAUCCUUACAUGUCAGUCUCAGACCCUUUAACAUGUGUCUUUGCUACGUCCACUAGAGACCAUCCGAUACAUCUUUGGGAUAGUACUUCUGGUGAGCUUCGGAUCUUUGCUGGUUACAACAGCUCCAUCAGAGUGUUUGAUCUUCAUCGUCCUGGAAGAGAUUUUGGGCAAUAUUCAACUCUACAGAAAAACAAAGAGGGCCAAGCAGGUAUAUUAUCAACUCUUGCUUUCUCCCCAACUAAUUCUGGAAUGUUGGCUGUGGGAUCUUACGGGCAGACUACUGGGAUUUACAGAGAAGAUAACAUGGAGCUAUUGUAUGUUUUACAUGGUCAAGAAGGCGGUGUUACGCAUGUCCAGUUUUCAAAGGAUGGGAACUAUUUAUAUACAGGAGGUCGCAAGGAUCCUUACAUUCUUUGCUGGGAUAUUCGGAAAUCUGUUGAGAUAGUCUAUAAAUUGUACAGAGCAACUGAGAACACAAACCAGCGUGUAUUCUUUGAUAUUGAGCCAUGUGGUCGACAUUUAGCUACUGGUGGUCAGGAUGGGCUCGUUCACAUGUACGAUUUACAAACCGGAAACUGGGUUUCUGGAUAUCAAGCUGCUUCAGAUACCGUGAAUGCUUUCUCUUUCCACCCAUACCUUCCAAUGGCUGCUACAUCCUCUGGUCACAGACGUUUCGCAAUUCCUGAUGAUGACGACGAAGAUAAGAAGGAUCUUCAAUUAAAAGUUGAGUGGUUCUCGGAGAAUCUGUUUCUCAGUGAAGGAAGCAGAAGAAGAACAACAAUGGCGUUAAUGAAGAGAGGAUUCGUGAUGAACUCAAAUGGUAGAUUUCACGGCGAGGAAGAGGAAAUAGAGUUAGGGUUAGGAUCAGUGAGGUUCACGAGAGGAUUAGGGAGGAAAAGGAUUUUGAUUUCGAGUAGUGUUCGUGAAUCUCUAUCUAGAUCGGCCGUUGAGAUUCCGGUAGCACCUGAAUCGCCGCCGGUGAAGAGUUCGUUGAAGAGACAACGAAGCAGAACAAUGAUUUCUUCUUCUUCGUCCUCUGAGAAAUCUCCCCUUGAAUCUCUGCCUCAAGAACUCUUGAUUCGAGUGAUUUGUGGUGUUGAUCAUGAGGAUCUGAAGAGUCUAAAACUUGUAUCUAAAUCAAUCAGAGAAGCUAGUUUAGUAGCCAAAAAGUUACAUUUUGCGUACACAACACCGAAAAAGACUCGAGCUUUUCGAAACUCUAUUAUUCUCGAGGAAAUUUUGGAUUCGAGCCAUCAAGAGGACAAUAAUGAGCCACCUAACGCACCGAAGCACUAUCGAUGGACCAAGGCUAAGAGGAAAGAGCAACUCUCUAGCGUCUCUGUGGCAUUGUUUACUUGAAAGUGUUAUGUGUAAAUGGUUUGAUUCUAGUGGCUAAGUGUUUGUUUACAUGCUUUGACUACUAUGAAUUUCUCAGAUUAGUCUGCAUUUUGAUUCAGAAGAACUUAGUGUUAGAGAUGAUUUUUGUAUAUAAAUUCAUUUUGCGUAC